CGAGGCCCCGAAGAUGCAGGCCCAGGAGGCAGUUGCCGGCACCCCAGAGAAGUUAACGUUGGGCCACGACGCGCUGGCCAGCGAGGUGUCCAAGCGGCAGGUCCAGGCCGUUGCCACCCCCAUGAAGCAGGACCCCGCCGCACGGCACGCAGGCGGGCCAGCCAUGGACAUCGGCCUGUUCUACGCCUUCGGCCAGUGCUCGCUGAAGAUGGAGGCGCGGCACCACAUGGAGCGGGACGAGGCGGCGAAGAAGGUCUGGCCAGAGUACGAGAGGCUUGCCCUGCGGAACCUUGGUAGCAACGAGAAGUGGGUGCCCUGGCACACGGUCCUAGGCGUCCACGAGCUCUUCCUCGUCAAGUCCGUGCACGGGGCCAAUGUGCCGUGGUGGACGGACUACCACCGCUUCGUUGCCAUGUUCUUGUUCCGUUGCCACUGCAAGAUGGAUCUAUUCUUGGAGGUUCAGAUGCCGCACCUCUCAAAAGAGGCAUUCUGGCGAGACCUGGAGGCGAGUUUCGCGCCAGAGUCCCAGAUGGAGAAGGACAUUGCCAAGUUCCGCUCUUCCACUGGCAGGGCGUUGCAGACCGCCUGUUUCCUGAUCAUCCCAGAGCGGUUGCUCAAGGACGACGACGCGAACCUCAUCCGCAACAUCGUCUUGCGAUCACAGCGCCUAGUCGGCUUGGCCAACCACUUGUGGCCCCUGGUGAACGACGAGAAGACCAGCGUCAACGAGAAGUACGACGCCAUCAGGCAGGCCAUCCUCGGCGUGAGGAACCUGGGCGACACCUGGGUGAAGAUGCUGAUGGUCUGCAUGGACAUCUGCCUGCCUGGGCUCGGGCUUCUGACCAGCCGGUGCGAGGUGGGCGUGGGGGCCGCCGACCCGCUGAGGAAGCUGCUGGUGGAGGAGGGUCUGCUCGCGCCUCCCCCUCCGCCGAGGCUCAAGGUGGACGCGGGCCUCGAGAGCCGGAAGCUCGCCGGCGAGGCGGUCAAGGUGGAGGUCAGCCUGAGGUCCGGCAUCGUCGCCGUCAAGAGGAGCGGCGUUCAGCUCAUCCAGGUCACGACGGGCAUGGCUGGCAGCCUCGACAGGGCGCACGCCGUCGCCGAAGAGCUGAAGAGGCUGGCGAUCGACCAGGAUCUGCAGCGGAAGGACCAGGAGGUCUUGAGCAAGAGGAGGCAGGAGCUGUUCGCCGAUACCUCCUUGGAGGUGCCGAGGCUCGACCUGGACGCGAAGCGCGAGGAGCUCAUCGCCGGGGGAGCUCCGCCACCGCGGAAGCGGGAGGGGCCCAGCCCCAGCGAUGCGCUGAUGGCGCUCGGUGCUCGCAUCAACGAGUCCGACAUCCCCUCGGCGGGGCACUUCUGGGAGCUCCUGGCCGAGGUCGAGGCGCACGGCAGGACGUAUUUCGAGAGCUACCCGCUGAUCGUCGCGCAGAUGAAGACCAAGGCCAGGGUCAUCCACGCCGCCACCCUCCAGGUCCAGCUGUGCGAGUUCCGCCAGUUCGAGAGCUUCUUGCGGCAGGCUGCCGGGAAGCGGGCGCGGGCGGACGGUGGCCAGGAGGCCAAGCAGCCGGGGGCCCCCGAGGAGGAGGCCGCGGCGGAGGCCGGCGGCGAGAGGGGGCGGGCCAGGAGGCCCGGGGCGCGCAGCGGGCGGGCGCGCCCGGAGCAGCCAGCCCCGGCCCAGGACCCCCCUGGCGGCAGCCCUCUGGCCGAGCGGCGCGGCGACGACUCGCACUGGAGCGAGGUCAUCCAGAUGGCGGUCGACCUCCUCAUCGGCCCGGAGGACGAGGCUGCCGUGUGAGCGGGGGCUGACCUCGCGGCCCUGGUCUGUUGGGGAGGGGGGGCCCAGCGCGGGUUGUGCCAGAGGAGAUUGGGCCAACCCCCUUCUGCCUAACUCCAUCUCGAUAGAGGAUCGGCAGCAAGCGAGGGGAGGAAAUGAGAAGUACAAGACCUUCUCGGAAGGCGGCGGCGCGUCUCGGAAGCCCUCGCUCCUUCUGAGAAGGUCUCCGUGUCUUCGGGAAAGGCUUGGGAAGCUUCUUAGAAGGCCAGGGGACUUCCGAGCCUUCUGAGAAGGCCCGCCCCUUCUCAUUUCCCCCCCUCGCUCGCUGCUGAGAGGAGCAACUCCAGUCGGCCCAGGUUAGUAGGUCGACCCUG